GGAAUCGUAGGUGAAAAGAUCCAGGUGUCAUGCAGAAAGGUAGAAGGGUCUUUUUAUGAAAAGGCUUCCUCAGUUACAGUUUCUGGAAAAUUUUUUGAGCCAAGAGAAAUGAAAGCUUUGCACCCCAAACUCACUGCAGAAUUUUGUUCCACAACUAAAUGGAAAUGCAUUAAACAAAUCCCCCUUAGAAUAUGCUGCCGUCACACACAGGAUCCUAAGGUUGACAAUGCAGUAAUUACAAAAGAGUGCAAAACUGAACCUGCCGACUGCUGGUAUAAUUUUACCCUAACUCAAACAAUGGAUGUAUCAUGUAGUUGGUUCAAUAACUCGGCAAACCGGUUAGGUCUGAGAGGCUUAGCACAUAAAUUUAGAAUAAAUGCCAUCGCUAGGCCCAUACUGAGAACAACAGCACCAUCUGUCAUAGAAGUAACAGAGAGCACACCCAUUACAUCCCGGAUCGUAGAAACAACUCAGAGCACUCCUAUCACAUCCCGAAUGGUAAAAACAGUAGAAAGCACUUCUAGCCGCUCCACCACACCACAAAUAGUACACACAAUCACACCGCAAAAGGUAGCAACAACAUCUCAAAAGACAGAGAUAACUACCUUCAACUAUUCUGUCACUCCCAACUCACAAAACCUAAUUAACACCGAAUGGCCAUGGUCCCAAGCUUUUACUCACUUUACUGGAUCCAUGGGAAAUGUGAAAGGUUUGAACCUGUUAACUGUUGUUAUGCAUGAUAAUCAAGUGUACACUGGGUGGGAGUGGGAACACCGAGAUAGGAUUUGGCAACUACAAGGGAGGAUAGGAGAGAGAAUUAGUAUAGGCUGUCGGAUGAUUAAUGGAACUGUUCAACACAAAGCAAAUCAAAUUACUGUUACAACAGACCAGGCAAGGUAUGGCAAGGUUUGCACGUCCCCUAGAGUACAGGAUUGUUGGUAUGAUUUUUUCUUAACACAAACUGUAGAAGUAGUUUGUCUUUGGGCCAACGAUGAUGAUGGGCUCUCUGUAAAGUUUAAAAUAAAUGCUGUAGCUCAACCUGUUACUGUCAGCCCUAGCACUCAAGCAAAACCACCAGUUGCACUAAGCCCAAAAAUCUUCAAAAUUGGACCAUAUAUAAUCAGGAAAACGGGCCAACAACAAUUAUUGUUCAAUCCGACAUGGUCUCUUAAACAAGUUAAGUUAUUGGUGCAAACUAACGUCUCUGAAAUUCAGCCUGCUUGUUCACCUUUCCUGCAAACUUCUUUUGAAGGAUGGACGACAUGGUUGAGAAGGCGCAGCCCCCCUGAAAGGCGCGUGCCAAGAGACGUCACCGGUGCCAUAGGAACAGGAUUGGGAAUCUUGAACAGCAUUGACUCAGAGCUCCAGUUACAUCUUACCAGCUUCUGCAAUCUAACUACACACUGAUCCACAAGCUAUGGCCUACACCGAUUGGUAUGAAUCUUACUUUAACAAAACAAUUCUUGCUCCACCAAGAUCUAAUUAGGAUUUUAAGGAAAAUUAAGAAAAACGGACAAAAGACUCUGAUAACUGUCCAUCACAAUGUGGAAGAAAUCCAUCGUGUUCUGGAAAGGGUAAGAAAGGAUACCGAGCACAGG